GUAGCUGCUCCCAAGAACCUACCGGUAAUUUACCAUCGCUGCCUGACGCUUUCCUCUCCCCUCCCGUAACAUCAGUCCUGUACAAGUACCGUCCUUCGUUCUUCAGGGCUCAUCUAUGAUUGUGAAAACCGCGGAUCAGCAGAUGGGGGAAAAUCGGUACCUAUAUCUGCGCUCUGAUCUCGCGAUGGGACUAACCUUGCUAGUGGGGUUUCGUCGAGGCUGCUACGUCGACGUUCGAACAUUUCGUCCGCGGAUAGACGCUGCAACAUAGGGUCCUUCGAAGAAACUGGUUCUCGGUAUAGGCUGGUUGGCGAUAACGGGAAGCGAGGAUGGUCGUAUAUCCCUGCACGGACACUUGAUCCCGAAUCAUCGGUUUCCGAGUCCGGAGAGGCGGAUAAAUAUUCGUGCUUUGGUGACUCGGAUGAUGAGGAGAGGAACAGGCUAGCGGAACCUUGGCCUAAGCCGCAGAAAAAGAGGGUGGAGCAGAAGGAAAGGAGACAUAAUGACGGAGGUCAUGGGUUGCGGCGGAUGGAGAGUAUCGGAAUGUCCUCUGGCCGGAACGAGCUACGCACACCUCGUGUGCUAAGGACGUUACAGAGCAUGAAUGAUCUGCGACCCGGAAUGGUACAGGACAACAUCGCUUCUACCUUUGAGCUGCGGAGAUUACAAAAGUCGCAAACAUUUCCAUGUUUUGAGCAUCCAAAGUCAAGGGUGAUCGCAAGGGCGCCUAGUCCCGUGCGUGAGGAGGAUGAAGUAGUGUCGGAGAAAUCUGACCGUCGGGAAGAAUCCAAGUUUGAUUCGUGUAAGUUGCAAUCUUACUUUCACAAUGGUUUUAUAGAGCAUGUUGUAUGGCGCUCCAAAUCUCGGUACGAGGUCACGAAAUGGUGUCGAAGCAGGCUUCUUGGAUGCGGGGCUUUCGGAACUGUUUGGCUGGAAGAAGAGAGCCGGCAAGGGACAUUACGGGCGCUGAAGGGGAUGCGAAAGGAUGUUAUUGGGCAAGACUAUACUCGGGAGAUACUUGCCUUGGUAAAAUUGAAGAAAGUACGGUAAUAUAUAAUUGUUUCGGAGAGCUGAGCGAGACUGGGCUAACAAGAAUUAGUAUGACGAAUACUUUGUCCAAUUCUUUGGAUGGUUCGAGGAUCCCCAGUGUAUAUACCUUGCGAUGGAGUAUAUCCCACUGGGCGACUUGGACCAGUGCUUUCGAAAAAGGACAUUCACAGAAGCUCAAGCGAAGCGCUUGACUCGGCAGUUACUCAAAGGACUGGCAAUCAUGCACGAAAAUGGCUUUACCCACCGAGACCUAAAGCCACAGGUUAGCACCAUACCUCCAAAUGGGGUUCAUGACUGACGUCAUUAGAACAUUUUGCUAGUAUCUUACUCUCCCUUGUGGGUGAAGAUUGGAGAUUUUGGCGUGACGAAACGCAUCAUUCACGACGAAACCGCACUCAGGACCAGCGUGUGGACCAUGCAUUAUGGGGCUCCGGAAACACUCGGUCUAGCUGACACAGAGACUUCGGAAUACACCAACGCAGUCGACCUCUGGUCCCUGGGCUGUGUUGUGUAUAAAUCCUUGACCAAUACCACACCGUUCGCGGAUAUGAGAACCUUUUCGUCAUUUUGCCUUAAUCUCAUUGCGUUCCCUUCUACCAAUCUUUAUGAGAGUGGCGUUAGUUAUUCGGGAAUUGAUUUUAUCUUGAAACUUAUGGCAUUGGAUCCGACGUUGAGACCAACUGCGAAGGAAGCGUUGGGCUUGGAGUGGUCGAAACCCGAAAAGACUCACCUGGAGACUGGUAGUGGAGCUCGAGGGGGACUUCCGGGGAAGAGCCCCAUGAUGCCGCCCACAAUAUUACCUCAACCGCCGCAAUGGGUGCCCUGUAAGUGACCCGUCCCCAGUGGACGACGUUUCCUCUAGUUAACAAUGUAUAGCGUCAGUUACUAGGUGUGGCUGCACGAACUGCUUGCAGGCCUCGGAUUACUCUUGACAUGUUGCUUCGCUUUGGGACUCAGGCUCGCCGGCGGAGGGUGGGUUUUUUGGACCUUGGCCAUGAUCUGGCAUUUCCUGGCUGUUUUGGGUUCGUGCUGGGACACUGCUGUUUUUUUUUCUUUUUUUUUUCCUUUCCCGGAGCUUGGUUGAUGACUUACGUGAGUGCUUUUUUCC